AUGAGUAAUCCUGAACUAUCAGAAGAGAUUAGACCACCAAAAUUAUUAUUGGUUUGGAGUAAAUGUUCUGAGUUUAGUGAGAUUGAUUUAGAGAACAAACAAUCUCCAAAAUUACUAAAAUUAAGAAAAUUGUAAAAUGUAUUUAAUACUAAAUAAGAAAUUCUGCUAUUGAUAACAAUGAUUAAUUACAUAUGGUGAUCAAUAAAUUUAUAGAUAUAGAUGAAAAGAAAGAAGAAAGUCCUAAAAAUGAUAUUGCAAAAUGGUAACCAUGUAGUUGUACUAAAACUAAUUGUCUUAAAAUGUAUUGUUCAUGCUUUCAUAAUGGUUAAACUUGUGUAGAAUCAUGUAAAUGUGAAGAUUGUCAAAAUACUAAUAAUAAUAUCGAUUAAAGAGAUGAGGCAGUUGAAUAUAUAAAGAAAAAGGCACAUAGAAAUAAAAAAGUGCCUUAGGAGAAAUUAUUUGAAACAAAGGAUAUAUGGGGAUGUAAUUGUAAAAAGACCAGAUGCUAAAAACGAUAUUGUGAAUGCUAUAUCAGAUAGAAACAUUGUACUGUAGAAUGUAAUUGUAAUCAUUGUGAAAAUGGAAAAGAUGAAGAUUUGUAUAAUGAAAUAAGAAGACAAAAUGAAUAGCCUAAAUAAUCAAGAAGAUUUAGAUCUGAACGUUUGUAAAAUAAUUGA